AUGUUGAGGGAUGGUAUGAAGCCUGUACAUCGACGCAUAUUAUUUGCGAUGUUAGAAUUGGGCACUCUGCAUAAUAGACCACAUAAAAAGUCUGCUCGUAUUGUGGGAGAGGUCUUGGGUAAAUACCACCCCCAUGGAGAUACUGCCCUGUUUAAUGAUGCUAUGGCACGUUAUGGCACAAGAUUGGGAGCCAUGCGUUAUACUUUAAUUGAUGGACAGGGAAACUUUGGUAAUCAAGAUGGUGAUGGACCCCCUGCUGCUAUGCGUUAUACAGAAGCUCGUUUACACAAAAUGGCAGAGCAAACAAUGUCUGAUUUUAGAUAA